AUGCAAUUCGGAUAUCCACCAAUGCAACCACGUGUAGCUAAUUUCUGUUUAUGGAACCUUCAACCAGUCCAAGGAUCUUGGAUGGGUGCUGCUUGUAUUUAUCAAAUGCCACCAUCAAUUAGAAAUACUUGGUGGUUCCCAUUAAUUAACACAAUCCCAUUAGACCAAUACACUCGAAUUUAUCAAUGGUUUAUGGGAGUUGAUAGAGAUAGAUCAGGAACUCUUGAAAUUAAUGAAUUAAUGAUGGGUCAAUUCCCAGGAGGAAUUAGAUUAUCUCCACAAACUGCUCUCAGAAUGAUGAGAAUCUUUGAUACUGAUUUCAAUGGACAUAUCUCAUUCUAUGAAUUUAUGGCUAUGUACAAAUUCAUGGAAUUAGCUUACAACCUCUUUGUCAUGAAUGACAGAAACAGAAGUGGAACUUUAGAACCACAUGAAAUUUUACCAGCUCUUCAACAACUUGGAUUCUAUAUUAACCAAAGAACUGCUAUGUUAUUACAUAGACUUUUCGCUCGUGGUAUGGCUUUCUGUGAUAUUAAUUGCUGGAUUGCUAUUUGUGCUUUUGCUGCACAAUCAAGAUCUGCUUAUCAAAUGAUCUUCAUGAACCCAUAUUAUGGUCCAAUGAAACCAUUUAAUCCAGUGGAAUUUGGCAAAUUCCUUGAUGUUGUCACUUCCCUCUUGGAAUAA